AUGGCACCUAUCAAAAUAAAGUGCGCGCAAUUCUGGGAUUCGGGGGUAAAUUGUGAAGGGAAAUCUGGCGUUACUUUCAAGCAAUGCAAAUUGUGUUCAAAGGAUCGCAUAGUUGAUUCGCGUAAUUUAAACAAAGAUGGUGUGGAUAUUGGGUAUCUUUACAAUAUCUCUUCAGAUGGUAGUGAACACUGGUACUAUUCUAUUGAAAGACCUUGA